AGGGCCUUCAUCAGGAGAUCCAGCUACAUGAGGAGAAAUUGUCCAGUCUGGAGUCCCUCUACUCCCGUCUGAAGGAUGUGAGUCGGAAGCAGGAAGGGGACAUGACUCAGAGUCUAAUUCAAAGUGCCCGGGAGCGCCUAGGAAAGGUGCAGGAGAGAGCAGGGGAAAGGGGACGGAACUUGGAGGAGGCAAGGAGAAGUGCGAAGCAGGUAAGUACCUGCACUCCAGGCAGUGUGAUACAAGAUCUCUUUAUCAUUAUUCUGGCGCCUCUACAGGACUGAUUAUUUGAGAUUUCUGUGCCAUAAUUUUAUAUACAUAGUGAUACGGAUGUUUUUAAACUGACAUGCACACGGGUGCUGGUAAAAACCUGUUUUUCGCCAUAGUCGUCAAUACAUCCUCACCUGAAUUAAAUAUUUCUUGUCUGCAGUUCCGAGAGUCUCAACGCUUGCUGAUGGAGUGGUUGCUCGAGGUGGAUCACAGUCUGGACACUCAGGCCAUCGAUAACACCGAGAGUCAGGAGAAAAUCAAACUACAGCUGAAUCAGCACAAGGUACCUAUCCGUCUCCAUGCGCUGGUUAUUGUCAACAUGAAUCUAUCACUCUUCCAAUUGUCAUCUUAUUGGGGGCCAGCUAUAUUGACUCAGUUUAUAGGAUUAUUACUUCUUUAUUCCCAUUCUCUGACAGAAACGAAAAUCUCCUGAUGUCUUCUAAUAGCAAGAACAGCUGUAAUGUUUAUUAACUUAUUAGUGAACUUCAUGUUUGGUAUCUGCAUAACCUCCUAUGUGAACUCUACAGGAGUUUCAGAAAGUUCUGCGGUCCAAGAGACCAGUAUAUGAAGCCACUCUGCGCAGUGGGAGGGCACUCAGGGAGAAAGUGCGCUUCGCGGAAGACGGGCAAAAGUUGGAUGAGUUGGUCGGACAGCUAAGAGAGCGGUGGGAACAUGUCUGCAGCAGAUCCAUGGAGAGGUAACGUAUCUAGGAGGUCAACUUCCAGAAAGUCAAAACUAUCUGUAUGAUAAGGCAACAUAUUUUAAGCGAAUCUUGCGGUUAUGACCUUUCAGUAACUUCAGUUUAUAUCCAGGAUAAAGAAAUCUUACAGCCUCUCCUGAUUGUUCCGGGCUGGAGGUGUGUUCUCUCCUCAUUACUUCUAUCAAGGAAAAAAAUAUUACCAUGCUUUCUAUAACUUUCCUUCCUGAUCAUUCAUCAUGGCAACAUUAAUCACUCACUGCGUAUCAAACAGUCUGUAAAACUGGCUCCACCCCCUUAUCUGACAGGCUGUAACUAGCUCCACCCCAAUUGUCACUGCAAGAUAAAUAAUUUAUUCCUCCUCCCCCCUUCUUUUAUGUAAGUGCCCCCUGGAAUAUCCAUCUAUAGUUAGUUAUUUGAAUGUUCCUCCCUACCUGCCCACCGAUUGCUUUAACUCCGUAAUCCAGUACGGUAUUACUGGGGGAAGGAGGGCUAAUAAAUCCAGCACGGUAUUACUGUGGGGGGGGGAGGAGGGCUAAUAAAUCCAGCAUGGUAUUACUGUGGGGGGGAAGGAGGGCUAAUAAAUCCAGCACGGUAUUACUGUGGGGGGGAAGGAGGGCUAAUAAAUCCAGCACGGUAUUACUGUGGGGGGGAAGGAGGGUUAAUAAAUCCAGCACGGUAUUACUGUGGAGGGCAUGCGGGGCUAAUCAUAAAGCCUUAGAGUAACCCUUUAAGACUGCCAUGCAUUGAGCAUUUUGACUGAAUCAGCACAAGGUACCUAUCCGUCUCCAUGCGCUGGUUAUUGUCAACAUGAAUCUGUCACUCUUGACACUUGCCCUCUUAUUGGAGAAGUCAUUAUAAGUUACAUUUUCAGUUGCAUUUGGGAAGCCACUUGAAGCAUUUGUUGUCUUGAGCUAUUUCAAUAAAUUAUGAUUGAUUUGUUCAUUGCAAACAGCUGAAAGUCUUAAUUUUGACAAUAAACCUGAUUUUCAAUGGGAGUUGAAUAAUUUUGAUUACACUUGUACAUGACGUCAGUACUGACAUGACACACGAUUUCCGUUACAGGCAGCAGAAGCUUGAGGAGUCCUUGCUGUUUUCUGGGAAGUUCACUGAGGCUCUUCAGGCUCUCAUGGACUGGCUGUACUGGGCUGAGCCACAACUGUCUGAGGAGAUGCCGGUUGGCGGAGACAGAGACCUGGUUAAUGACCUCCUGGACAAGCACAAGGUGAUUACCAUAAAUACUAUGUGCUUGAUAUGGGUGGUUUUUAUUAUGUCUUUGGUCCAUGAGAGCAGAGCAUGAUGGUGUGAAGUCUCUGUUCCAUGGACAGCUUGUUAUUAAUGUGAUGCCUCUGACUCAUGGUGCUGAUGAUGUGAUUUCUCUGAUCCAUUGAGAUGAUGUUGUGGUUCCAGGUGUUUCAGAAAGAGCUGGGUAAGAGAGCCGGUUGUAUGAAGACCCUGAAACAUUCUGUUCGAGACCUGAGCAGAGGAGGUGUCUGUAAAGACUCACAAUGGCUGCAAAGACAAAUGGAGGAGUUGGACCAUCGCUGGGAGCUGGUUUGCCAGUUAUCUGUGAGCAAACAGGCACGGCUGGAGUCUUCCUUACAACAGGUGAGUGUCUGUCACUGAAUGUAAAGUCAUGAUACAGCAGUAAGUACAGUUAGGCUACCUUAUUGGAAGGCAGUCUUAGUAAAUGUAGUCAGGCUCCCUCAUUGGAAAGCAGUCUUAGUAAAUGUAGUCAGGCUCCCUCAUUGGAAGGCAGUCUCAAUAAGUGAAGUUAGACUCCCUCAUUGGAAGGCAGUCUCAGUAAGUGGAAUCAGGCUCCCUCGUUGGAAGGUAGCCUUAGUAAAUGUAGUCAGGCUCAAUAAGUGAAGUUGGAAGGCAAUUUCAGUAAGUGGAGUCAGACUCCCUCAUUGGAAGGGAGUAUCAGUUAGUGAAGUCAGACUCCCUCAUUGGAAGGCAGUCUCAGUUAGUGAAGUCAGGCUCCCUCAUUGGAAGGCAGUCUCAGUAAGUGGAGUCAGGCUCCCUCAUUGGAAGGCAGUCUCCGUAAGUGGAGUAGCACUCCCUUAUUGGAAGGCAGUCUCCGUAAGUGGAGUAGCACUCCCUUAUUGGAAGGCAGUCUCCGUAAGUGGAGUAGCACUCCCUUAUUGGAAGGCAGUCUCCGUAAGUGGAGUAGCACUCCCUUAUUGGAAGGCAGUCUCCGUAAGUGGAGUAGCACUCCCUUAUUGGAAGGCAGUCUCCGUAAGUGGAGUAGCACUCCCUUAUUGGAAGGCAGUCUCCGUAAGUGCAGUAGCACUCCCUUAUUGGAAGGCAGUCUCCGUAAGUGGAGUAGCACUCCCUUAUUGGAAGGCAGUCUCCGUAAGUGGAGUAGCACUCCCUUAUUGGAAGGCAGGCUUAGUAAGUGGAGUAGCACUCCCUAUCUUAAUUUAGUGGACUCAGGCUCCUUUACUGAAAGCUUAAUAGAUUUGAAGAUCUUCGUCUUGUCCAGUAAAGGGAAAUCAUUAUCUGUGGUGUCUCUAGCGUGUUAGAAGAGAUUGUACUGGAAAUGCUCCUCAGAUCACAUGCAGCACAGAUCUCUUUCCCCAGUGUAAAGUUAAAGACCUUGUUGAUGUAAGUGAUGAACGCAGUACUGUUUACUGUUUGCAGGCUGACGAGUUCCAUUGUCUGGUGACUUCGUUUCUGGAGGGUCUGAGUGAGUCGGAGCGUAAUCUGAAGUACGGGAUUAUCCCCGACAAUGAGCACGCACUCCGGGAGUGUCAGAGACAGCAGCAGGUGAGUACAGGAGGAGUAUAUUGUCUGUAUCAUUAUCCAGGAAACAUAUUGAGAGCAAGUGCGCCAUUAACCGAGGGCACGAUCAGGAAAUAUGUACCAAAUGACCUAGUGUUAUCCCGGGCUGCAGCUUGUUACACGCGGAUUAAUGUCAAACUCGUUGGAUAAAUUACAUAGCAUUAAUAGUUUAAUUACAGGUUGUUUGUUUUUAUACUGUAGAUGGACAGGGUAUUGGAGACCUCCUGACUGCAGACAAUGAAUGAAGAGAGGCGUGUCAGGGGAAAGGGACUGGGUAUUUUCUGGGCCUUUAGGAGUUCAUCGGGAUUCACAGGGUUGAACUGUGAUUAGAUGGAGCAGGAAGGGGGAGUUAGAGACUUUUCUGGGUGAUCAGCUUAUUAACGUGUUUCAGGCAGAUCACGGCCUGUGAUUUAGAUAGAUAUCGGAUGGCAGUUAGUGUAGCUCGCAGACACUAAGAGGAGAUAAAUGAGUUUUUGGUUUUUAUUAGGAGUAUUUUGCAUGAAGGUAACUUGAUGUAGACAUUAGCAUAUCAGAAAUGCAAAUAAUUAUGUUAUAUUUUUCAUUCUUUGCACCCAAUAACGUCUAUAUGAUGUUUUUUCCCCUUUAUUUAAAUUAUCUUCUAUAAUUUACGUUGUAUACUAUUCCCAUCAGUAAAGCUGUAUUACAUGUUAUCAUAUUAUACUUAAUGUUGCUUGAUUAAUUAUACUUUGUUACUUAAUACACUCCUUACGGCUCCCUCUGGCUGUCUCCGCAGGAAUUGAUCAGCACCCUGGAAUGUCAGCAGCUUGCCCUGGAGUGCAUUGUGUCCCUGGGCCAGGAGAUCCUGUCUGCCUGUCACCCGGACUCAAUAAUCACCAUAAAAUCCUGGUUGAACAUUACCAAAACACGAUACCAGGAGGUGAGUGCAGAGCGCAGUGUGUGAUAAAGAGUUUGGCGUGGAAUAAAGAAACAUUAUUAAAAGAGAAAAUAUCAAGUUAGGCUGAUGUAUUACCUGGCCCCAGGUAGGUUCAUUAAUAAGAUAAAAAAUGGUUUAGGUAAUACAGAAAGAGGAUACUGACAGUCCCACAGCCUCUGCUUGUGUUGGUGACGUUUUACCAUCACCCCCAAAAUGUCUCCAAAGUGAGAUCAUCCAAGGAGAUGUCCGCAGGAAUAAUAUGUAUGUAUCUUUUAAUGAAACACUUUGUGCCAUUUACUAACAGGUCGGUUUAAUCCACUUUGUAACAUAGAACAGGCUGCUGGGUGAGAUAUCAUAGAAUAUCCGGUAAACAGAGAAAGAUUCUAAAACAAGCAAUGCAUUGUUCCCGGCUGUCUCUGCAGGUCAUGUCCUGGGCCAAGCAGCAGGGUGAGCGGAUCAAGUCCCAGAUCCAGUCCCUGGCCACAGAAAGGGAGGAGGUGGCCCGGCUCCUAGACUGGAUAACAUCCGCCGAGGAGGCUCUCAGCUUACGGGAUCAGGAACCUCUGCCAGACGAGAUCGAAGCCAUGGAUGAGAUCAUUUCACAGCACUCGGUAAUCUACUGGCAUUCCUGGGGGAUGAGGGAGUCCUCUAUGGACCUGUAGUGGUCAGAAAUAUCAAGUCCAUCUUUCAAUCUGGUAUAGUAAGAAUGGGAGCAGAGGUUUUUAUAUUAACUGUGCAGAAUGUAUCCCUAGCAUUGUAGUACCCUAUAAAGCCCCAAUGUUAUCGCUACUUUCUACCAAAAUGCACCAGUAACGACGUGGCGGCUAACGUCUCCCAUUAUUCUCUAUAGGAGCCGCUAACCUCUACUUAGGGACUGGUUUCCAACCCUGUUGCUAUUACCUUACGUAUCUGCAGGCUGGAUACAUUAGAUCUCUGAUACAUUCUGCACAAUAUGCUCCAUUUUAGGUGUUCAUGGAGGAACUAAAUCGGAUGGAACCAGAAGUAGAACGCGUGACCAAGAAAUGCAAACGUAAAGUGACAGAGACGAGAACAGCAAACUCACGAAAGAACUCAGCAAGUGAGUGACCACUCAUCUUCCUCACAGUUUUGAUUUAGCCAACACUUCCUUGCAUCCAAUUCUUUCCAAUGAUGGAGUAAAGAGGAGUCUCAGGCUCUCCGCUCCCCCAGUUAGCUUACUGAGUGUCACGGAGGCUGAAUGUUGUGAUCUGGCAUUCAAUACACUGAACAUGUGUUGGGAUCUUUAUAUCACUGUUACGUUUGCAGGCCUCUUCCUUUCCUGGCAAACCACGGCAGGAUCACACAUUAAAUACCGUCACUCGCCAUACAGCAGAGGAAGUAGUCAAUUAAUACAUUUUAAUAUGCCUCCUCCUUCCCUCAGCCUGUCUUUCUAGCUAGAUCCAGGCAGGUCCUUUAGGGAAAUAUUUUCAUUUUGGUUUUUAGACUUGCCUAUCAUUUAUGACUUGGCGGUCCUCUCCUCUGAAGCGUCCAGUAAUCAAUCAGCAAAACACGUACUGCAAUAUCGAUAGUCAGUGCUUCUUCUCAACACCACCAUCCCAGUAGAGUAUGUAAGUUGGGCAGCAAUGUGUUCAUCAAACCUCCCUGUUUGUGUGUAAUGGCAGAAUCAGGUGUUCUGCUUGGACAAAGCAUUUCAUCUUCUGUUACAAGUAAUAAUAAAUCCAUCUUUUGCUAGUAGUACUUCUGUCUCCUUCCCUUCUUAGUUACGGGAAUCCCUAUUUAUGAUACUGCCGUGGCCGGCUGGGAAAACAGAAAACUCACAGCUAGGCUUACCAGAAAUGUCUUCUCCUGAUCACCAACCAAGGGAUCAUCAGUAUGUCCCUUUCAUCCUCGUAGUAUGUUGGCUUUAUAAGAGCUGCAUAGUUUGACGGAAGGAGAAGUCUUAUGUUAAGAUGUAAAUUCAGAUAUUGAUACAUUUUCGCCCUUUUGCUGAGUAUUGGGAUUAAACUGAUUUGUGAUUCUGCCAGGGAAAAUGGCUAGGAAAAGGUAAUUUAGGAAAAGAUUUGGCUUGCUUUUUCUGUUUUACAUCUUAUUCAUGUGUGGCAUUACCUGCUUGUUAUAACUUUACAUUGGGUGAAACGGAUGCCAGUUUUAUUAGGUCACUGGAAUAUUGGGAUUUUCUCCUGCUAUUAAAACAUAAUAGUUACAUUUAGAAAAUGUAGCUAUUCUGCUCACUUCCCCUUCCCGUCCUCUACAGGCGCCUUAGUGUACGGGAGCCAGUAUGUCUCCAAAAAGAAUGGCUGCAUUCUGGCAGAGAAAUAAGCACACUCAUAUUUUUACAUAUACUUUAAAAAAAAAAAAAUCUAUUUCCUUACAAAACUUAAUUAAAAAAAAGAUUUUUAUACUAAACAAUCGUUUUGAGUAGCCAAUAUCCUUUCAUUUUUGUGCAUCUCCAAACAGCAACAAAAUCUAAAUUAAAAUAAAACAUUGCUAUCCCACUAUUAUUUCUUGUUAUUGUUUCAGAAAGACAAAAUUCCCUGAAAUCAAUGCAGGCCGGACCAUCUAUACCUCUGCUGGAUCUCUCACCCCAGACACCUCACAUGGCUCAGCUUCUAAACCGCUGGCAGCAGUUAUGGUUCCUGUCCCUCGAUCGGCAGUGCCGUCUGCAGAGUGCCCAUCAGAGGCUGCAUGAGGUAAGGCAUGAGUAGAGGAAAUGGCGUUGACAUGGGCAGAGAAAGAAUACAACAUGGACUUAUCAAGGACAGCAUGUUUGCAUAGGAGGGAUGCAUGGUAUGAACUCAGCAGGCAGGUGACAUGGGCUUAGCAUGAAAACCAUGCAGAAUGAACACUUCAGGGGCACAUUAUGGGCACAUGCCUGCUGUCGUGUACAUGGUCUCAUGUGGCAUGGUCUCAGCAGGGAAUGGUAAUUUGUGAUCAUGCACUACCAUAGCCCAUUUUAAAGUAUACGAAGGGUACACGGCCCCCGCAAGUAAUAAAGUAAUAGACCUCCAGUAAUAAAGUUGUUACAUUGAUGACAUCUUGUUGCUCAGGACUGAUAAUCUUUUUCCUGUGGUUUGUGUUUGUUUUGUGUUUAUAGUUAAAGGAGUUUGCCCAUUUUGAUUUUGCUGUGUGGAGGAAAAGGUACAUGCAGUGGAUCGGGCAGAUGAAGUCCAGAAUCCUAGACGUAUUCCGAGGUAUUGAUCGUGACCAGGAUGGGAGAAUCAGCCAGAAGGAGUUCAUUGACAGUGUCUUGUCUUCCAGUGAGUAGACAGGAGUGAACGUUAAACACACACACAAGGAAUACCUCUACUGAUGUCCGAGUGAGACCAUACAGGCAUACAUGUCAUAUCUUGAAACACGUUCUGUAUUCAUCUAAAUUUUGCCAGGAGGUAUCCUAGUUCAUUCUGGGAUCUCUUAGCAGAACUUUUCUGUUUUCUGUGACACUAUGCAGAGCACGCAAUGACUACAUAAACAGCUUAAUGCUCUUUUACAGGGUUUCCAACCAACUCAUUAGAGAUGACAGCGGUGGCCAAUAUCUUUGAUAUAAACGGAGAUGGUUUUAUUGAUUACUAUGAGUUUGUCAGCGCCCUGCAUCCAACCAGAGACCCUCUACGGAGGAGUGUGGAUGCUGAUCAGAUCCAGGAUGAGGUGAGGGGAAACAAUUUAGACAUCUUUUAUACUGUGAGAUAAACCGUUUGCAAACGUCUGUCGGGUCACCCACUGAAGGUCCCUGUUAGAUACUAGAGGAACUUGUUAGGCAGUGCCAAUCCUUAGUACCCGCUGUGUUCUUUGUUGCAGGUAAACAGACAGGUUUCUCAAUGUAACUGUGCAAAGCAAUUUCAGGUGGAACAAAUCAGUGCCAACCGGUACAGGGUUAGUAUGUCCUGUGAUUCAUUAUGCUCAAUGUGUUAUCUUUCUCCAUGCAGCUCCUCUCCCAAUCUCUAUCCCUCUCCAUGCAGCUCCUCUCUGUCUCUAUCCGUCUGCAUGCAGCACCUCUUCCAGUCUUUAUACCUCUUUAUGCAGCUCUUCUCCCAGACUUCCCUCUCCAUGCAGCUCUUCUCCCAGUCUCAAUCUGUCUCCAUGCAGCACCUCUCCCAGACUCCAACCCUCUUCAUGCAGCUCCUCUCCCAGUCUCCAUUCCUCUCCAGGAAACUCCUCUCCCAAAGACCAUCCCUUUCUAUACAGCUACUCUCCCAGACUCCAUCCCUUUCCUUGCAGCUAGUCUCCCAGACUCCAUCCUUUUCCAUGCAGUUCAAUUUCCUUUACCGUGAGUUGCACUUCCAUUGUAUCCCCACUGGGCAGUAUUCUCAACCCAAGUAUGAGGCCAGCUAUCUAUGUCUCUCUUGCAGUUUGGAGAAUCCCAGCUGUUGCGUAUGGUUCGGAUCCUACGCAGUACCCUCAUGGUGAGAGUCGGUGGUGGCUGGAUCGCAUUGGAUGAAUUUCUUGUGAAGAAUGACCCAUGUAGAGGUGUGUAGUAAAAACAUUUUACAUACAAACGAUAGGUUACGCAGCACCGGGAUGGUAAACUCUUUAUACCAAUUAAGCUGCUGCAAUUUGAUUCAUUCCAAACUUUUAGAAUUAUUUUAUGAAUCUCUGAUUACAGGAACUUAUUUUACACAAAACACCAGGACCUAAUAGGUUUCCACAUACCAAUAUUCAGAUAACAGCCGGGCUGGGUUUAUUAGCGUUAUGCGAACAUGAGAAUAAAGGAGGAAUACAGACCUAUUUUGCUGUUCACUUACCCCAGUUCUGUUUAUAAAUUACUUUCUGCAUUACCAUUACUUACAAUUUGUAAUACAUGUAAAUGACCAGAUUUAGCUGUCUUGUGUCAUAUAACCCUGCCACCAACAGCCAGCCAAUAUACCAGCUCUGAGUUCAGCUAAUUGGAUUGGCUAAAGACCAGAUCUGAGUUCAGCUAAUUGGAUUGGCUAAAGACCAGAUCUGAGUUCAGCAGCUAAUUGCUAAAUUGGCUAAAUACCAGAUCUGAGUUCAGCUAAUUGGAUUGGCUAAAGACCAGAUCUGAGUUCAGCUAAUUGGAUUGGCUAAAGACCAGAUCUGAGUUCAGCUAAUUGCAUUGGCUAAAUACCAGAUCUGAGUUCAGCUAAUUGGAUUGGCUAAAGACCAGAUCUGAGUUCAGCUAAUUGGAUUGGCUAAAGACCAGAUCUGAGUUCAGCUAAUUGGAUUGGCUAAAGACCAGAUCUGAGUUCAGCUAAUUGCAUUGGUUAAAGACCAGAUCUGAGUUCAGCUAAUUGGAUUGGCUAAAGACCAGAUCUAAGUUCUGGUGAUUGGAUUGGCUAAAGACCAGAUCUAAGUUCUGGUGAUUGGAUUGGCUAAAGACCAGAUCUAAGUUCUGGUGAUUGGAUUGGCUAAAGACCAGAUCUAAGUUCUGGUGAUUGGAUUGGCUAAAGACCAGAUCUGAGUUCAAUUUAUUGGAUUGGCUAAAGAUCAGAUCUAAGUUCAGGUGAUUGGAUUGGCUAAAGACCAGAUCUGAGUUCAGCUAAUUAGAUUGGCUAAAUACCAGAUCUGAGUUCAGCUAAUUGGAUUGGCUAAAGACCAGAUCUGAGUUCAGCUAAUUGGAUUGGCUAAAGACCAGAUCUGAGUUCAGCUAAUUGGAUUGGCUAAAGACCAGAUCUGAAUUCAGCUAAUUGGAUUGGCUAAAUACCAGAUCUGAAUUCAGCUAAUUGGUUUGGCUAAAUACCAGAUUUGAGUUCAGCUAAUUGGAUUGGCUAAAGACCAGAUCUGAGUUCAGCUAAUUGGAUUGGCUAAAGACCAGAUCUGAGUUCAGCUAAGAAUAACACUCACAAGGACUGUAUCAGGCUCUAUAUAGUACACACUGGGGUGCCACUAUUGUCCCUUAGACAAGAAGACUUACACACGUAUUCGGCACUCAGGAAGACUGUAAUAGUCAAAUAGUAAAAGGACUUCUUCCUUCAGUACUGUAUAUCAAUUAUUAAGAUCUGUAUUGCAUACUGCUUCAAUAAGUCCUCUAAAACUUUUUUUUUUUAACUAAUUUUUAAUUAAAAAAAAACAUUUUGUGGAAUAAGUCUACAUUGUCGGCUAGUGAAUAUUCAAAGCCAGUAGUGGCACCCCAGAGUGUAUUAUAUAGAGCCUGUGAGUGUUAUUCUUACCAUCUACUUAUCCCAUCUAUAUGAAACAGAUUACACUAUGUCUAUUUGCCUUGUUUUUAUUACAGAUUCCUGUAUUUAUUGACCUUGAAUAUUUGCAUUUGGAAAUUCUGCAUUUUAUUUAGAGAAGUAUAAUUGUGUUGUCACUGGGUGGAGUGUGUAAUAAUUUGAUUUAUUUUUACUGUUGAUUGGAUUGGCUAGAUCAGGUUUGAGCUCAGCAUUAUUAUUAUUAAUAUUUAAAAAAGCACCAACAAGUUUUGCAGCGCUGUACAAUGGGUGGACUAGCUGAACCCAAUUCUGACUCAUUUCCAUGGAUGGAAAGAUGUCUCGGUAUAUCAGUCUAGGAGGAGCAGUGUGUUAGAUUAGGCUUUUUCCAUGGAUGGAAUGAUGUCUCGGUACAUCGGUCUAGGAGGAGCACUGUGUUAGAUUAGGCUUUUUCCAUGGAUGGAAUGAUGUCUCGGUAUAUCUGUCUAGGAGGAGCAUUGUGUUAGAUUAGGCUUUUUCCAUGGAUGGAAUGAUGUCUCGGUACAUCGGUCUAGGAGGAGCACGGUGUUAGAUUAGGCUUUUUCCAUGGAUGGAAUGAUGUCUCGGUACAUCGGUCUAGGAGGAGCACUGUGUUAGAUUAGGCUUUUUCCAUAGAUGGAAUGAUGUCUCUGUAUAUCGGUCUAGGAGGAGCACUGUGUAGCGGAGAGCUGAUUUCCCAGAGCUUAACUCCACUGAUGUAUUAGAAUAAUUCAGGAACAAGUAGUAAAUCCAAAUAGGGUAACAGCCACAAUAAGCAAGGCAAUCCAAUAAUAUCCCAUCACCUUUCCCAAUAACUGGAUAACACACAGGAUCAGGAGUAGAACUGAGGUUUAAUGACACAAUUCCUGCUUUUAUGAGAUUCCCCCAUGCAAGGGAGGCACCCAACAUAAUCAGUACAGUAACCAAUCACAUAGACUUUACAUCCCACACAUCUCCUCCCCUUAGCUUAACAGUUAACAUAAUUAUAAUGUACCAACUUUUUCCCAAUUCUUGGAUGUACCCCAAAUCUGGUAGGUACACUUUUAAAUGGGUGAGGAACAUAUCCAAAAAUCACCCAGAUCAGACCAGGGGUUCAGGAGUUAUGAGGGCGCAAAGAUUUGACCGACCGCAUGGGCAAAGUAGCCGAAAAUAGUUCCAUGAAUCUUGGCCCUGCGGUCGGUCUCCGUUCGCGCAUCAAAAGUCCCGAAAGGCUAUGCCAUCUAUAGCUGAGUCUGCAUUCGGAUGAAUCCCCUAAUUCGUGGUAUUCAUCCUACCGAAUGCCGGGCCGUUCGUGUGUUUCAAUCGGUACUUUCUGCCGUCCUGGAGGUCUCAGCGGUGUUUGGUUAGCCGAGUGUCCGAUUUGAGUUCCAGACACUCGAUGACCAAACACCGCUGUGCGGGAGUUUAAGAUGGCUGCCACCAUGUGUUCGGCUGCCGAAAUGGCAGCCACCCAAGGGAUAUAGCAGAGCGUUCGGCUGUUUGAAGCAGGUGAAUGUAACAAGCAGACAGGGAGGUAAAUUACAGCCACACUUCACACCAGGGUGGUCCGGUUGUUUGGCACUUUGGUUCGUAUGGUGAAUACAGCAAUUCAAAUGCAGACUUGUAGCUCUUUUCUACCGAACACUUUGAAGAAUUCUAACAGGUAAUUCUAUACAGUCCAGGUAUAGGAAACUCUUAAGUUCUAACAACAAAUAUUAUACAAGGUGAUGUAUGGGACAGCCUAAGGGGUUCCGCUACACACUGUGUUAGAUUAGACUUUUUCCAUCGAUGGAAUGAUGUCUCGGUAUAUCUGUCUAGGAGGAGCACUGUGUUAGAUUAGGCUUUGUGCUGUGCCUGGAACUAUUCUGACUUUUUCCUUGCAGUGAAAGGUCGGACUAACCUGAAAAUCAAUGAAAAGUACUUAUCUCCUGAGUCAUCCAACUCCUCGUCACCGUACAAGAGUGUGGGGAACCAGAACAAUAUUGCCGUGAAAGGUCUAUCACCCAGCCCGUCCAAUUCCACCCUCAGCUUGUACAGCAGCGCCUCUGCUCCCAGCAGCCCUCAGAGCAGGAAGGUGAGGGACCACUGGGGUCACAGCCGGCAUACGUUAAAAACAUAGAGUUAAUUAGACUGCACUUAAACUGUAUAUUAAAUCACCUUGUGUACUUAUAUACACAUUGUGUACAGACUGAUAGACAUAUUAUAGGCACUGUUAGUGUUUGUAUAGUGUGAUAGGUAUAUUGUAGGCGCUGAUAGUAUAUGUAUAGUGUGAUAGGUAUAUUGUAGGCACUGUUAGUAUAUGUAUAGUGUGAUAGGUAUAUUGUGGGCACUGUUAGUGUAUGUAUAGUGUGAUAGGUAUUGUGACGGAACGCUGGCACUCCGACUCAGUACCUCCGCCAAUCGAUGCUCCUAGCGCUUGCCGAGGACUCCAAGCACUCCAACCGACACCAUCAGCACUGCAGACCCCACUUCCAGCGAUGCAACUGCGCUGGGGUCUCUGCUGUCUCCACCAACCCUGGACCCAAGGCCAGGAUCCAGCUUCCAGUGGGUGAACCUCUCUUUCCCCAGAGAGCAGGAACAAGCUCUUAGCAGAACUUAGUGAUCAUACCCUGGGGAGUAUAGCGAUUAUAGCAGUCCCCAGAGUGUAUUUCUCCAAACCCCCAAACAUGAGCCAAGGCUUAAUGCUGGAACAAGACUGAUUUACUGGCACACAGAACUCACAAUUUAUGCAACACAAAACUCCUCCUCUGGGCCAGGCUAGAUAAUUGAGUUUCUACAAUACACAAAACUCAAUUAUCUGCUGGUCAGAAAUAAUACAGUUUCAUAAAACACACAGGGACCCCAAAACAUGCAAUAACCCCAUAAAAAGUAUAUCCUUGGAACCGGGGGAUCUGGGUGAACCACAUAUCCAAAAUUCACCCAGAUCCGUUCAGUACUUUGGAAAAUACAGUUUAAUGCAGAUUCUGCAGAACAUAUACAGGCUAAAUGAAAAACAAUCACCGUAUAAUGUGUCCCCUGCUGUAUAGUCCAAAACCACUGCACGAUGUCUCUGUGCACCAAAUACUGGCAAGAUGGCACCGUGUUGAAAAGUCCAAACAGUGUCUGUGAGUUAAAAUGGCCGCCAUCCAUUGUUCUCACCAUGUGCCUUUGAUACAGGAAAUGGUGGCCACCCAGUAACUCCACAGUAUGUCCUCAGAUGGUUCUUAAAGGGCCAGCAGCAGCACAACACAAAUCCAUUAUGCCCAAAUCAUGUCUUUAAAGGGCAAUACAUCCCAGGGGCCAUAGUCACAGGGCAAGAGGCGGGCAAGCAGUCCUCUCCAGGCACAAGUGGCGAAGGGCACUUCGUCACAGGUAUAUUGUGGGCGCUGAUAGUAUAUGUAUAGUGUGAUAGGUAUAUUGUGGGCACUGUUAGUGUAUGUAUAGUGUGAUAGGUAUAUUGUAGACACUGUUAGUGUAUGUAUAGUGUGAUAUGUAUAUUGUAGGCGCUGAUAGUAUAUGUAUAUUGUAGACACUGUUAGUGUUUGUAUAGUGUGAUAGGUAUAUUGUAGGCGCUGUUAGUAUAUGUAUAGUGUGAUAUGUAUAUUGUAGGCGCUGAUAGUAUAUGUAUAGUGUGAUAGGUAUAUUGUAGGCGCUGAUAGUAUAUGUAUAGUGUGAUAGGUAUAUUGUAGGCACUGUUAGUAUAUGUAUAGUGUGAUAGGUAUAUUGUAGGCACUGUUAGUAUAUGUAUAGUGUGAUAUGUAUAUUGUAGGCGCUGAUAGUAUAUGUAUAGUGUGAUAGGUAUAUUGUAGGCGCUGAUAGUAUAUGUAUAGUGUGAUAGGUAUAUUGUAGGCACUGUUAGUAUAUGUAUAGUGUGAUAGGUAUAUUGUAGGCGCUGUUAGUGUAUGUAUAGUGUGAUAGGUAUAUUGUAGGCGCUGUUAGUGUAUGUAUAGUGUGAUAGGUAUAUUGUAGGCACUGUUAGUGUAUGUAUAGUGUGAUAGGUAUAUUGUAGGCACUGUUAGUAUAUGUAUAGUGUGAUAGGUAUAUUGUAGAAGCUGUUUAGUCUGUGUUUCUCAUGAACAUUGUGACUGCCAUUCCAGCAAACAGUUCUACGAAGGACUCGCUCUGGGGACAGAUCCAGGUCUUCCCUUACAGUUGAUGGCACCGAGUUAAAGUUCUCUGCGGCUGAAGAUUGUAACGGUUCUAGUUCUGCCGGUGAGUGUAAUACGUCAAUGCUAUACCAAGCAUUCCAACAGUAUUCAUGAUAAAAACCUCUUACACUACUCUGUAGAAAUCUUAUAGAAUGAUCAAUGACUCCUCCUUCUAUACUCUCACACUCAGGAACAAAUUCUCACAGCAAUUUCUAGAUGUAGCAGUUACCCCACAUACUGAAUGUUCUAUCACUUUACACCAUAAAUUAACCAUUUAUACAUAAAGAAUACGUAUAUCACAUCCAGAGGUCAAGACCCAAUGAUGCAGAUUCAAAGAUCAAAACCCUGUGCUACACAUUCAGAGAUCCAAACCCAUCCGAGAUUUAAACCAAGUGAUACACAUUCAGAGAUUCUAGAUCGAAUCCAGAGUGAGAUCCCAUGCCACAUACAGAGAUUCUACAAAUCCAGAGAGAGAUUCCAUGCCCCAUACAGAGAUUCUACAAAUCCAGAGAGAGAUUCCAUGCCCCAUACAGAGAUUCUACAAAUCCAGAGAGAUCCCAUGCCACAUACAGAGAUCCUACAAACCCAGAGAGAUUCCAUGCCACAUACAGAGAUCCUACAAACCCAGAGAGAGAUCCCAUGCCACAUACAGAGAUCCUACAAAUCCAGAGAGAUCCCAUGCCCCAUACAGAGAUCCUACAAAUCCAGAGAGAGAUUCCAUGCCCCAUACAGAGAUCCUACAAAUCCAGAGAGAGAUUCCAUGCCCCAUACAGAGAUCCUACAAAUCCAGAGAGAUCCCAUGCCACAUACAGAGAUCCUACAAACCCAGAGAGAGAUUCCAUGCCCCAUACAGAGAUCCUACAAAUCCAGAGAGAGAUUCCAUGCCCCAUACAGAGAUCCUACAAAUCCAGAGAGAUCCCAUGCCACAUACAGAGAUCCUACAAACCCAGAGAGAUCCCAUGCCGCAUACAGAGAUCCUACAAAUCCAGAGAGAGAUCCCAUGCCACAUACAGAGAUUCUACAAACCCAGAGAGAUUCCAUGCCACAUACAGAGAUUCUACAAAACCAGAGAGAUCCCAUGCCACAUACAGAGAUCCUAUAAAUCCAGAGAGAGAUUCCAUGCCCCAUACAGAGAUCCUACAAACCCAUAGUGAGAUUCCAUGCCCCAUACAGAGAUCCUACAAAUCCAGAGUGAGAUCCCAUGCCACAUACAGAGAUUCUACAAAUCCAGAGAGAUUCCAUGCCACAUACAGAGAUCCUACAAACCCAUAGUGAGAUCCCAUGCCACAUACAGAGAUCCUACAAAUCCAGAGAGAUCCCAUGCCGCAUACAGAGAUCCUACAAAUCCAGAGAGAUCCCAUGCCGCAUACAGAGAUUCUACAAACCCAGAGAGAUUCCAUGCCGCAUACAGAGAUCCUACAAACCCAGAGAGAUCCCAUGCCCCAUACAGAGAUCCUACAAAUCCAGAGAGAGAUUCCAUGUCGCAUAGAGAGAUCCUACAAAUCCAGAGAGAUUCCAUGCCCCAUACAGAGAUCCUACAAAUCCAGAGAGAGAUUCCAUGUCGCAUAGAGAGAUCCUACAAAUCCAGAGAGAUUCCAUGCCCCAUACAGAGAUCCUACAAACCCAGAGAGAUUCCAUGCCACAUUCAGAGAUCCUACAAACCCAGACAGAUUCCAUGCCCCAUACAGAGAUCCUACAAACCCAGAGAGAGAUCCCAUGCCACAUACAGAGAUCCUACAAACCCAGAGAGAGAUCCCAUGCCACAUACAGAGAUUCAACAAAAAUCCAGAGAGAUUCCGUGUCGCAUACAGAGAUUCUACAAACCCAGAGAGAGAUUCCAUGCCACAUACAGAGAUUCUACAAACCCAGAGAGAUCCCAUGCCACAUACAGAGAUUCAACAAAAAUCCAGAGAGAUUCCGUGUCGCAUACAGAGAUUCUACAAACCCAGAGAGAGAUUCCAUGCCACAUACAGAGAUUCUACAAACCCAGAGAGAUCCCAUGCUACAUACAGAGAUCCUACAAACCCAGAGAGAUCCCAUGCCGCAUACAGAGAUUCUACAAAUCCAGAGAGAUCCCAUGCCCCAUACAGAGAUCCUACAAAUCCAGAGAGAUCCCAUGCCACAUUCAGUGAUCCUACAAACCCAGAGUGAGAUCCCAUGCCACAUUCAGAGAUCCUACAAAUCCAGAGAGAGAUUCCAUGCCACAUUCAGAGAUUCUACAAAUCCAGAGAGAUUCCAUGCUGCAUACAGAGAUCCUACAAAUCCAGAGAGAGAUUCCAUGCCCCAUACAGAGAUUCUACAAAUCCAGAGAGAUUCCAUGCCCCAUACAGAGAUUCUACAAAUCCAGAGAGAGAUUCCAUGCCACAUACAGAGAUCCUACAAAUCCAGAGUGAGAUUCCAUGCCGCAUACAGAGAUCCCUCAAAUCCAGAGAGAGAUUCCAUGCCGCAUACAGAGAUCCCUCAAAUCCAGAGAGAGAUUCCAUGCCCCAUACAGAGAUCCUACAAAUCCAGAGAGAGAUUCCAUGCCAUAGAAAUAUCCUACAGCAAUUUCACAGAAUAGUCAGCACACAGACUACAUAAGAGUAUGGACAGAGCAUUUCAUGAAAAACGUCCAGAAGUUGAAGCUAAUUCACUUGUUGAUUUAAACGUUUGUUUUCUGCUCAAUAUUUUUCAGAGAAAACAGAGAUGCCACCAACAUGACCACUCCUGACCUCCACUUCCCAAGCAGCUCGCUUUCCCAAAUAAGCAGAGGAAAUUUAUUUCUCUAGGCCAGCUCAUACCAUGCCUGGCAUCUGCCUCUGGACAAGUCAGUGGCCAAAGAGGCACAAGUGACCGGAACUCAGGGCUUAGAUCCACCAUUUUUAAACACACAGAGAAACUGGACGUGCAUCUUCAAUCACAUUAUCCAUUGGUCAGCACAGAACAGAGUCUGGAUCCCUAGGAUGGGAGACACGGGGUGGGGUGGAAUUUGUCUGCGACAAUGAAUGGGAGAAAAAUGUUAAUAAAUGAAUACACGGGACUGAAUAGGAUGGGGCAGUGAGAGAAUGGAAGGGGAAGUCACUAUGUAAGUGGAGAGGGAGAAGUAAAUGGCAGGGAAGGUUCAUAUAUUAAUAAAUGUGAGUGAAUGGGAGGAGAAUUUAAUUUGUCAAUAGACAGGAGUAGUUGCUGUGUUAUUAAAUGGGAGAGUAGUAACUGUGUUAUUAAAUAGGAGAGUAGUUACUGUGUUAUUAAAUGGUAAGGUAGGUGAUUGAGGAGAGUGAAUAAACCACUGUUCCUGAACAUUUUUAAAAUAAAUAAACGGGGGAAUGAAAGAGAGGUGGGUUAAUAAGUCAGUGAAUGAAGUGAGUGUAAAUGAAUACAUUACUCAAUGCUGUGAGUGGAGAUGGAAGAAUGACUCCAUGGUGUGAGUGAAUGUGUUGGUGAAAACAAAUAAACUCCUACUACAUCAUGCUGUAAGUGGCAGUGAGUGAAUGACUCCAUGGUGUAAGUGAAUGUGUUAGUGUAAACAAACUACAUACUAUAUCAUGCUGUAAGUGAAAGUGAGUGAAUGACUGAAUGCGGUGGGUAAAUGUUUUCAUUGCCAUAAGUAGCAAGGAAGAGAACAUGAGGCAUAUUAUAUAAAAAUAAUUAUGUAGGAAAAAUCCUGAGCAGAAGAUAUGUGAUUUUCCACUUUUUUACAGUUAUUUACAUCUCCGGUCAAAUGAAAUGAUUCAGGCGCUAAACCUAUUCAAACCAAAACAGGGAAAUGAUGAAACAUAGUGGAGAUGAGGAGAGGCCAUGUAAAUACGUCAAUAAAUAAGGUGCAGGGAUUUUUUAAUGCGAUGUAAGAAUGUGACAGAUAUACGCAGGGAGCUGCACGAAGAGAAUAUAUUCUAUUGAUUUACUAGAUGGUAUAGGAAUUGGUUAUUGUAUACUUCCUAGGGUCAGCUCGGCUCCAGGUCAGCAUGCCGUGACCUCAAACUGUCCUAUUGUUUGAGCGCUCCUUGUAUGGAAAGGAGUGAUGUUCUAUUUUACAUAUGGAGAAGAAAGUUGAUAAUUGGCUGAAGCAAGUGAUAGGAAAGAAAAGGGUGUUAUUAGACAAGAACAGCUUGAAAUCCUAGAAGGAAGACAAAAAGCAGGAGAUAUGAGGAGUAGCAGGAGAUCCAGAGGGAAAGGAUUUCAGCAGAGGUAAGAGGGAUGGACAUCAGGAGAUAAAAGGGGGAGGGAUAGUGGGAUAUGUGCGGACAAGGGAUAGCAGGUGAUCCCAAGAUGAGGGGGGGGGGAGGGAAGGGAUGAACAGCAGAAGUGACAGUAGAAAAGCAGAGGAAGAGGAGCAGCAGAAAAUCUGCAGGAGAGGGAUAGCAGUAGAUCCAAGGCUGAUGGGCAGCAGGAGAUCUGACGGCAAGGGACAGGAGGAGAUCUGAGAAAGCGUUAUAGCAGGAGAUCUUAGGGAGUGGGAUAGCAGGAAAUCUGAGGGAGAUGGAUAGCAGGAGAUCUGAGAGAGCGUGAUAGCAGGAGAUCUGAGAGAGUGGGAUAGCAGGAAAUCUGAGGGAGAUGGAUAGCAGGAGAUCUGAGAGAGCGUGAUAGGAGAUUUUAGGGAAUGGGAUAGCAGGAAAUCUGAGGGAGAUGGAUAGCAGGAGAUCUGACGGCAAGGGACAGCAGGAGAUCUGAGAGAGUGUGAUAGCAGGAGAUCUUAGGGAGUGGGAUAGCAGGAAAUCUGAGGGAGAUGGAUAGCAGGAGAUCUGACGGCAAGGGACAGCAGGAGAUCUGAGAGAUUGUGAUAGCAGGAGAUCUUAGGGAGUGGGAUAGCAGGAAAUCUGAGGGAGAUGAAUAGCAGGAGAUCUGACAGCAAGGGACAGCAGGAGAUCUGAUGGCGAGGGACAGCAGGAGAUCUGAGGCAGCAGGACAGAAGGAAAUCUGAGGUAGAUGGAUAGCAGGAGAUUUAAGAGAGCGGGAUAGCAGGAGAACUAAAAGAGCCGGAUAGCAGAAGAUCUGAGGGAGAGGGAUAGCAGGAGAUCUGAGGGGGAGGGACAGUAGGAGAUCCGAGGGUAAGAAUAGCUGAAGCUCCAAAGGGGAUGGAUUGCAAAAGAUCUGAUAAGGAUGGAAAGCAGGAGAAAGGGGGAGUUGUAGCAGGAGAACGAAGGGGGAAGGUUAGUAGGAGAUCCAAAUGGGAUGGAUAGUAGAAAACCAGAGGUAGAGGGAUAGAAUGAGAUCUGAGAGGGAGUGACAGCAGGAAACCCAAGGUAGUGUGAUAGCAAUAUAUCAAAGGAACACCUUGGAAUUUGGAAAAGAGGAAUGCAAGAAGAAGGUAUCGUACGGAGUCUAAGAAUAACUAGGGAUCAAGGAGUUAAUCUCAAGGAGUGUGGUGAAUAAAUUGGAAAAAGUGUAAAUGGAAAACUCCUGGAAAACAUGGCCGCCAUGAGUCCCAUGCUAUGACGGGUAAUACUUGGACAGCAGCAUGUAAGGCAGUACUUAGAUUACAAAAUGACAACAAAAAUAACAUCAAAUAAGGUUUUCUCUGCCAUAAUGUGGGCAGCAGUGCAAGGGUUAAUGAACAGGACACGAUGGACCAUUAAGAUACUUUAUUAACCUCUGAACAGCUACAGCCAGUUGGCUUCCUGUCAACUAACUAUUGAAUUCCUUAGCCAAGUCACGUAAAUUCAGAGACAGGCUAAUCUAUAACAAUUUGGAGAAAAAUCUCAGUUUGCUUCUAAAAUGUGGAUCAGGACAGACAGUGUAUGUGGUGGAGUGUGUCUGUGAGUGGCAUUUUGGAUGCAAGUGCACCGCCCAUAGUGUGAGUGUACCCUUAAUAGUGAGUGUACCCUUCAUAGUGUGAGUGCACCCUCCAUAGUGUGAUUGUACCCUCCAUAGUGUGAGUACACCCACCAUAGUGUGAGUGUACCCUCCAUAGUGUGAGUGCACCCUCCAUAGUGUGAGUGCACCCUCCAUAGUGUGAGUGUACCCUUCAUAGUGUGAGUGCACCCUCCAUAGCAUGAGUGCACCCUUCAUAGUGUGAGUGCACCCCUACAUAGUGUGAGUGCACCCUCCAUAGUGUGAGUGUACCCUUGCUAGUGUGAGUGCACCAUCCAUGGUGUGACUGUACCCUCCAUAGUGUGAGUGCACCAUCCAUGGUGUGAGUGUACCCUUCGCAGUGUGAGUGCACCCUCCAUAGUGAGUGCACCAUCCAUGGUGUGAGUGUACCAUCCAUACUGUGAGUGUACCAUCCAUAGUGUGAGUGCAUCUUCCACAGUGUGACUGUACCCUCCACAGUGUGACUGUACCCUCCACAGUGUGACUGUACCCUCCAUAGUGUGAGUGUACCCUUCAUAGUGUGAUUGCACCCUCCACAGUGUGAGUGCACCAUCCAUAGUGUGAGUGUACCCUUCUCGGUGUGAGUGUACCAUCCAUACUGUGGGUGUACCAUCAAUAGUGUGAGUGCACCCUUCACGGUGUGAGUGUUUGGUGCUUCCCCUUCCUCAGGCAGGCGUGGUGUUCCCCAGUUUGUUGGCUCUUUGUAUAUACAUCCUGUAUUUGCUGGAUACAGCCGUGGCUUGUUUUGUCCACAGGUGAGGACAGCUGAAAUAAAGACUGAUAAUGGGCCAUAUAUGUCCAUCUGUAUAUUAGAUAUUUUGCGGGGUGAAGCAUUGUACUGUUAUUAUUGUGAAUAUUUUUUAUUUUGUGAUUGGAGUUUAUGGAGAAUCUGUACAGCGGAUUACUGCCUUACUAAUCACAGAAUGACCGAAGACAGGUUACUGGCUGCCGGCCUUGUUUGAUGGCAGGACGUAUUAUACAGACAUUACGGGAUUAGUGAUAAUGCCACCAGAGUGUUAUACGGAGUAUAAUGCCACCAGAGUGUUAUACCAAGUAUAAUGCCACCAGAGUGUUAUAUGGAGUAUAAUGCCACCAGAGUGUUAUAUGGAGUAUAAUGCCACCAGAGUGUUAUACCCAGUAUAAUGCCACCAGAGUGUUAUAUGGAGUAUAAUGCCACCAGAGUGUUAUAUGGAGUAUAAUGCCACCAGAGUGUUAUACCCAGUAUAAUGCCACCAGAGUGUUAUAUGGAGUAUAAUGCCACCAGAGUGUUAUACCCACUAUAAUGCCACCAGAGUGUUAUACCCAGUAUAAUGCCACCAGAGUGUUAUACCCACUAUAAUGCCACCAGAGUGUUAUAUGGAGUAUAAUGCCACCAGAGUGUUAUACCCAGUAUAAUGCCACCAGAGUGUAAUACCCAGUAUAAUGCUACCAGAGUGUUAUACCCAGUAUAAUGCCACCAGAGUGUUAUUCCCAGUAUAAUGCCACCAGAGUGUUAUACCCAGUAUAAUGCUACCAGAGUGUUAUACCCACUAUAAUGCCACCAGAGUGUUAUAUGGAGUAUAAUGCCACCAGAGUGUUAUACCCAGUAUAAUGCCACCAGAGUGUUAUAUGGAGUAUAAUGGUACCAGAGUGUUAUAUGGAGUAUAAUGCCACCAGAGUGUUAUACCCAGUAUAAUGCCACCAGAGUGUUAUACCCACUAUAAUGCCAGGGUGUUAUAGCCAGUAUAAUGCCACCAGAGUGUUAUACCCAGUAUAAUGCUACCAGAGUGUUAUACCCAGUAUAAUGCCACCAGAGUGUUAUAUGGAGUAUAAUGCCACCAGAGUGUUAUACCCAGUAUAAUGCCACCAGAGUGUUAUAUGGAGUAUAAUGCCACCAGAGUGUUAUACCCAGUAUAAUGCCACCAGAGUGUUAUACCCACUAUGAUGCCACCAGAGUGUUAUACCCAGUAUAAUGUCACCAGAGUGUUAGACCCAGUAUAAUGCCACCAGAGUAUUAUACCCAGUAUAAUGCCACCAGAGUGUUAUACCCAGUGGUAUCUCAGACAGGAUGUUAUCGCUAAACAGAAACUUAACUCUGGAAUUCGAUUAGUAAUUCUCCUAUUGGCAUCUAUUCAAUAAUCAGAUCUGAGAAAUACAAGAAACAGGCUUCCUUUAAAUUAUUUUAAGGAGUGCUCCCCAAAAAGGCUACAGACGACCCGGAGCAAACUUUCUAGAUAAUGUUUUCAGAUCUUCUGUCUGUAGGUUUAUAGCCCAGCACACCAUGGGUGUCUAAAUUAAAGGUUUUAGUUCACAAUAUAAUUAUUUUCUGUUCAAAGAUCAGGGCCCUUUAUGCUUUGAGAUAAAAAGUAUUGUGGGCUAGAAUUCAUAGAAUAGUAUAAAUGAAAUGAUCAGCACAAUGUAAAGUACUGCCCAUGACAAUAUCAUCUUAUUAAAGUGGCUCCAUCACUUGUUUCUCCUUCACCCCCGUGGCCUGUGUUAGGGCCCCCUAGCCUCCCUACCCCAGUGCUCGGACCUACUGCUAAUUACCAUUUUUUAUGUCCUGCUGGUCCACUGGGGUCUUCAAUCACAGCAUUGUCAUCUUGGUAAAUCCUCUAUGGCACUCGCAGGACCUCUCUUCUUCCCUUCCCAAGGCGUGUUUAUAAAAGCAUGAGCGUGACUAUUUCGUCAGGAUCUUGCAAACGUCAUCGCUGGGGGAGGUGGCUCGAUGCUGGAAAUGGGAGAGAAGAAUUGGCAACCAAUGACGUUAAACAGGAUUAAAGCACCACCAUUUGUCAACCUGUAGUUUCUGCGUAAGGGAAAGUAGUCCCAGGUUUUCCUGCAUGGUUUUACAUUAUGUAUAGCUUUCUAAAGCAAAGUCAUUUCAGUGAAAAAAACAACUAUCCAGAUGGACACAAAGUAGCAACUGCAAAUAAAAAUAUGAAACCAGUGAAAGAGCCGCUUUAAUACAGUCCCUGCAAAAUAUUCCCAUUGUAUUCUGAAUUCUGGGAGCCAAUUUCAGUUUAAUAACAGUAUAAUUGGAGUGAAUGAUAUAAAUACACAGCUUGUGUUAUUGGUCGAUGAUUCCCAGCCAUAGACUCUGGACUGAGUGAUCCUUUAUGAUUAAUGAUUUAAUCUGAUGUGUAUAUGUACCUACAGACAGAUAACAUUUCCAUUCUCUUGGAAGUACGAAUCCCCAUUGGACGAGGAUGAUGUAUUCCUAAUGCACUAUUCAACCACAGGAUUCAUUCUAAAACGGCCACAUAGCAUUUCAUCACAUCUGGCUACAUAUACGCAGUAUCAAGAUAUACAUUUGGUAAAUUACGAAAAGUCAUUUCAUGGGGGUAAAACUUGAUUUCCAUAGAGAGUUGAACUGAGACCAUUGUAAAAUCCUUGCUGAGUACGAGUAUAUGAGUGGUAACUGAGGAUAUAAUAAUUCUCCAUAUCACCCCACUGGGCACCCCUUUAUCAGAGCACCCCUGGAAGUAGUGUUAGUUACCGAUAUAGAGAGAACUUGAAAUCUUUUUUUGAAGGUGAAAAUUCUUUCCUUAUUGUAGCGCCAGGGUUUUAUAUAUAAAAUAUUGUGGAAUGCGUUGGAAUGUUACGUCUAGUAUCACACCUAGUUAUCCAACGUGCCAUCUCUCAGCUGCUUAAAACAUUUAUAUUGCAGCGCCGGCACACUGGCUUCCAUUUGCCAGAUUUCCCCUGAUCCUUUGGGGUUAUGGAGAGAUCUGACAGCCAAUUGAUCACUGUCACAGAGAGUUGUGCCCCCCACAUUUACUUCUUUAUGCACGUAAUGUAUGCACAUCUCUGACUGCACAGGUUCCAUAUCUAAGCUGAAAUGAAUGUAGAAAUAUGUACUGUAACUAAUCCUUGUAUAAAGGCUACUCUGUACAAUAAAGCUUUUCUAUACUCUGUACAAGGUGCAUGGUCUUAUGUUUUACAUCUCAUUUGCUGAUUAUUGAUGUCGAAGUGGAAAUAUCUGGAAUACGGCCCCGCGGGGGCGUAGACAUCCUGAGAAGGUAACUGGCAGCUGAGGUUUGACUAUAUAUAUAUUUUUUGUGCUAGGGCUGCUGUUAUCAUACCGUCUCUAUAAAUAAAGGGCAUUGUUUGCAU